AUGCUUAAGAAGUCUUUGGCACCGUCCUUCUGGAAUUUGCAUUUCUCUCCAACUACUACACCUGAAUUGUCCCCUACCUCAUCAGAUAGUGACUCUGACGAAGAAAUGGACGCCGGCUCUGGCUCUCGCCCUGCCAGCCUUGCCGUCCCUGUCGGUGCCUGUUGCCCUAUGCGCCCGACACUAAACGAGGUAUUGGCCAAUAACGCCGCACCGCCAUACACCCUCAGCGCAUUCAUGGCAUACCUAUCCCAGAAUCACUGCCUUGAGACACUGGAGUUCACCAUGGAUGCUCAGCGGUACCGAGAAUCCUACGAGACUCUCCGCGAGCGCGCCGGCGACGCUGUCACAACCGACUCCCCAGAAAGCCAACAUCUGCGUAUGCUCUGGCAGCGUCUGUUAACAGCUUACAUCCUACCCGGAGCCCCAAGGGAAAUCAACCUCUCAAGCGAAGACCGCGAUGGUCUCCUUCGCUACCGAGAUGUCACCAUCCCGCCCGUUCCAGAAACUCUCGACUCCGCUGUUAAACGUAUCCACGACCUUAUGGAAGAAUCUAUUUUCCUACCCUUUCUUAAUAGCCACACCAUUUCCCCUUCCAUUCUGCCAACCGACCUAUCCCUUAGCCCAGAAGAUUUAAUGAGCCUGUCGCCACCGGACGAGAAUCUCAUGAAGAAAGUCCGGUCGCGCGCUAAGCGCAUCUCCCCCAUGUCCUCAACAAAAGAUCUCUCAACCUCCACCCGUGGAACCCUUUCCCUCAGCCCUGUGCACGUCCAUGCGAAACUGUUCUCUGCUGCCCUCAGUUCAAGUACUAGUAACAGUACUAGCGUAGAGUCGGCCCCGGCAUUGACGGACAGCUCGAGUCUGCACGGCAGCCCCGAGGAACCCAUAACACCUCCAACUACACCGCCGGCCAGCGAGCCCAACUUCCCCAUUUCUAGCCCGAAGAUGCGCACCGAGAAUCCCUGGAAGAAGAUGGGUAUGAGGUUGGGCUUCAAGAAGCGGUCAGGCCACGGUAGUGUGUCUAACCCGAAGAACCUCGGACUCGACGAAUAA